AUGGUGUCCUCUCUGCGAAGGGGUCCAGAGGUCUGGCAGUGUCCUCUGCUCUCCCUUCUGCUCUUGGCAGCCUGGGAGGUGGGGAGCGGCCAGCUCCACUACUCGGUCUCGGAGGAGGCAAAGCACGGCACUUUCGUGGGCCGCAUCGCCCAGGAUCUGGGACUGGAGCUGGCAGAACUGGUGCCUCGUCUGUUUCGGGUGGCGUCCAAGGACCGCGGGGACCUUCUGGAGGUAAAUCUGCAGAAUGGCGUCUUGUUUGUGAAUUCUCGGAUCGACCGGGAGGAGCUGUGCGGGCGGAGCGCGGAGUGUAGCAUCCACCUGGAGGUGAUCGUGGACAGACCGCUGCAGGUUUUUCAUGUGGAAGUGGAGGUGAAGGACAUUAAUGACAACCCGCCCGUAUUUCCAAUGACAGUUAAGACUAUCCGGUUUCCUGAAUCUAGGCUGCUUGACUCAAGGUUUCCUUUAGAGGGAGCAUCUGAUGCAGACAUUGGAGUAAACGCUCUUAUCUCCUACAAACUCAGCUCUAGUGAGUUUUUCUUUCUAGACAUCCAGACGAAUGAUGAAUUAAGCCAAUCCUUGUUUCUUGUGUUGAGAACAUCUCUGGACAGAGAGGAAACUGCUGAGAUUAAUUUGUUACUGGAAGCUACGGAUGGGGGGAAACCUGAACUCACCGGCACUGUUCAAAUACUUAUUAAGGUAUUAGAUGUGAAUGACAAUGAACCAACUUUUGCUCAAUCAGUUUACAAAGUGCAAUUGUUAGAGAACACUACAAAUGGAACUUUGGUGGUUAAAUUAAAUGCUUCUGAUGCAGAUGAAGGAUCAAAUGGUGAGAUUGUGUAUUCACUCAGUAGUGAUAUGUCUUCCAGUGUACAGACAAAGUUCAAAAUAGAUAACAGCUCAGGGGAAGUCAGAACUAAGGGGAAAUUAGAUUAUGAAGAAACAAAAUUCUAUGAUAUUCAUGUCAUUGCAUCUGACAAAGGAACCCCAUCAAUGUCAGGACACUGUAAAAUUUCAGUAAAACUUGUGGAUAUCAAUGAUAACACGCCAGAAGUCUCAAUAACAUCACUCUCGCUUCCUAUCCAAGAAAAUGCUCCACUGGGCACCGUCAUCGCCUUCAUCACAGUGUCAGAUCGGGACUCUGGUACCAAUGGGCAGGUGACCUGCACGCUAAUGGCCCAUGGUCCCUUUAAACUGCUGUCUACUUUCAAGAAUUACUAUUCCUUGGUGCUGGACAGCGCCCUGGACCGAGAGACCAUAGCUGAUUAUAAGCUGGUGGUGAUUGCCAGGGACGGGGGCUCCCCUUCACUGUGGGCCACAGCCAGCGUGUCCGUGGAGGUGGCUGACGUGAACGACAAUGCGCCAUUGUUCGCGCAGCCCGAGUACACGGUGUUUGUGAAGGAGAACAACCCGCCAGGCUGCCACAUCUUCACGGUGUCCGCACAGGAUGCAGAUGCACAGGAGAACGCAUUGGUGUCCUACUCUCUGGUGGAGCGUCGGGUGGGCGAGCGUGCGCUGUCGAGCUAUGUGUCAGUGCACGCGGAGAGCGGCAAGGUAUAUGCGCUGCAACCUCUGGACCAUGAGGAGCUUGAGCUGCUGCAGUUUCAGGUGAGCGCGCGCGACGCUGGUGUGCCACCCCUGGGCAGCAACGUGACACUGCAGGUGUUCGUGCUGGAUGAGAAUGACAAUGCUCCCAAACUGCUGACACCUGGGGUGGGUGGGACAGGGGGAGUGGCGAGUGAGCUGGUGCCAUGGUCUGUGGGUGCAGGCCACGUUGUGGCUAAGGUACGAGCGGUGGAUGCAGACUCUGGCUACAAUGCAUGGUUGACCUAUGAGCUGCAAGUGGCGGCGGACGGUUCCCGCAGCCCGUUCCGAGUGGGGCUGUAUACCGGUGWGGUCAGCACCGCGCGCGCUCUGGACGAGUCGGAUGCGCCACGCCAGCGACUGGUGGUGCUGGUGAAGGACCAUGGCGAGCCGUCACUGACCGCCACAGCCACAGUGCUGUUGUCUCUGGUGGAGAGAGGCCAAACGCCAAAGGCCUCUUCAAGGGCAUUGGCAGGCGCUGCUGACCCGGAGAUGGCGCUGGUGAACGUCAACGUGUACCUGAUCAUAGCCAUCUGCGCUGUAUCUAGCCUGUUGGUCCUCACACUGCUACUGUACAUGGCAUUUCGGUGUUCCGUGGUGCCAACUGAGGGCGUCUGCAAGCCUGGGAAACCCAGGCUGGUGUGCUCCAGCGCGGUGGGGAGCUGGUCUUACUCGCAGCAGAGGAGGCAGAGGGUAUGCUCUGGCGAAGUCCCGCCUAAGACAGACCUAAUGGCCUUCAGCCCUAGCCUACCUCAAGGUCCAGACUCCGCAGAAGGGCAAGCACCUUCAGAAUCAAAAUACUUCGGAAAGGUGGGUUUUUAA